AUGUACAAACUGACGGUGCACUCAGGAUGGAAGACCGAAUUGCAAGAUUGCACCCGCUUUUCGAUACUACACCGUAGCCCCGCCAGUAGACCUCCUCCUUCCCUUUUGGAAGACUCUAUCAUUUCGAAACUGACAUCCCAGAAACUGGGAUCAUCGGACCUGUGCUCCCACGGCGCGGAA